AUGGAUGUUUCGUAUGAUUUUCAUGUUCGCACUUCAACGCUGUCACCCGUGUUCUCCAAUCUUGCCAGUGCUCACAUUCGGCAAUUGGAGGGCGAACUGCGCGACAUCUUUGAGCACUGCUGCGCCAAGGGAGAACCUCAGGAAGAGAAGGAGACCAAGCCUGAGAAGCCUUUGCCUGCGAAGGGAGGGUCUGCUGCCACCUCCCAGCCUAAGAGCCCACCAACUGCCGAAGUUUCCAUCCUUCAGUUGACUGCCAAAGCCAAACCACCUGAACUUCCUGCCCGAGCCACUUCUUCGAAAGCCAAAGUUGAGCCUCUGAGUGAUCCGGACAACUUAGUGGAUGCGGCAGAGAUCGUCGAGGACUCCAAGCCUGCUCCUGCAUCUUCAUCCAAGAAGCACCGCCGGGACGAGAAGUCCCCCUCAAGAAGGCAGAGGAGAAGCCGCUCCAGACGGGACGGUAAAAACAAGCGCCGAAGCAGAUCCCGGAGUCGCCACCGCGGAGGAGAGAAGGGAGGCAGCCGAUCUCCCAAAGCUGAAGGUGUGCGUGAGAAGAAGACACGCUCCAGCCGAGUGAGGUCCACUCACACACCUCCGAGGCCGCCCCCAUUCCGACCGCCCCCAGGUCACUCUCAGCCCCAAGGAAGAGGCCUCCCUGCUGUGAGAGUGGCGCUGGGACGUCCGGCACGUGCCGAUGCAGGAGGAGGAGCCGAGGCCGCAGUGAAGACGCUUGGAAGCCUAGAGAUGGCGGAGCUGAGCCGUCUUAAAGUGGUGUUGCUCAAGAAGGCAAGGUACUAUCACCGGGACAUCGACUUGGUGGCGCAAGUGGUCUCCCUGAAGGCGACGGACGGGGAGGUCUACUUAGAGACUUUGGUGCAUGGCAAGGAGUUCGAGGAAGUUUCAAAAGAAAAGGAGCCCUGGUUCACGAACCUUGAAAAGGCUGGAGGUGAUGCCAGAGAAGAAGCUGCUCAAGAGGAUGAACUGCAGGCUUUACGGCGGAGGGCAGAGGCCCAUCCAGAGGGCAAAGCUAAGGGAGAGGAGGAGUCUCCCAAGAGAAAGAAAAAGAAGAAGGAGAAGUCCAAGAAGGAGCAGAAGGUAAAGGGAGCAGAAGUUGAAAGAGCUCGCAAGAGAUAUCAACCGUCAAGUGACGUGGAAGAAGGAGGACCCGGGCAGAAAGAGCCUGGUGCACUCUUCUCAGGUACCGCUUUGGACCCCAGCCCGAAAGUGAGGGCAAAGGUGCUGAAGAAGGCACGUCGCCUUGGGCGCAAGAAGAAGAAGAAACAAGGCUCGAGCAGUUCUAGCGGGUCCUCUGGGAGCUCUUCAUCCUCGAGCUCAACAUCGCUGGAUGCUGCAGGAUCUCUCUUCAGCACAGAGAAGCGGAUGAAAAUCAUCUACAGGAAGUACCCUGGGGCGUUGGCGGCUAGUGCCAUGGCAGAGGCCAGAGAGCACUUGAUGACCACGAGCGGUACGCUUUGGGAUGUCAGCCGCCGUGAGUUGCCGCCGUUGAAAUCCUUAGAGACCAUCUCCAAGGGGACGCACUGGUCGAUUGGGCGGCAGCUUGAGCUGGUGCGAGCUGAGGCCACUGGCAUAACAGAUGAGUCGGAGGGCCUUCAAGCAGCGCGCCAAGCUAGAGAAGAGGAUGCAGAGCAGAAGAGGAGUGAUGGUGAGGCAGAGGCAGGUUUUGACGUUGGCAGAGGAGCGGAAAUUUGGCAGAGGCAGAUCGAUGAGGCAAGCAGUUUCACACCAGAAGUCAUUGAGGAGCUCAUUACAGGAGCUUCGCAAGCGGCUGCACUGGCUGAAGGGAGGGCUGGCGAGGCAACAGGAGCCCCCUCCCAAAAGUUUCACUCUUCAAUUAAGGCAGCGAUGUCUGCCUGGCACGACACGCCUGGCGAGCAGAAGUGCGUAGGCGAUCUGGGGGACGUCAUGAGCCGUGUCAUCUACUUAACUCAGGAUCUAAGUGUGCUAUGCAGGCCCCAGCCCAUGGCAGGUAAGACGGACAUUUUCCCCUUACCAGCUUAUGACCGGCGAGAUGACGUCUCUGGACCUAUGAUUUUCUUGAAGGCCCUGAUUUUUGGGCUCAACAGCCUGUCAGGGCAUGCAGUUUCUCCAGCAGGUAAAGCGAACAAGGGAGCUUCCUUGGUGCUGAAAAGAUUGGCUGCGCUGGUCUCAAGUUCCAACCUGUUGCGAGUGGUAGAAAGCUACUUCCCAGACACCUGGUACGUGGAGCUUGUGACGGAG